GUCUAAAGUUCAUGUUCCAGUUGGCUGUAAGGAACAGCACAGAUUCAAGGUGAGGGACCCAGGACAACAUCUGAGGACUGCAUCCUGGUGUUUAAGGCAGAACUGCUAUAAAUGAAUGAAAACUGAGCCGACAGGGUGAAGAUGGACAUCCUUGAGACAGAUUCCUAUGACAAGCGCCAACGGAGAAAUAUGUCUUGUGCCCUUCUUUUCUCUCUUUUGCCUUUCUUUUUGUCCUCUGCCUUAUACUUUUACUUUUGGACUCCUGAUUUGGUUCCAUCAGUAGUAUCUGCAGGUGUCAAAUCAGCCCCGACUCUCCUGUUGGCCGUGGUGGUCUUGAGCUGGAACGGAGGUCAGAGUGUCCUUGGUGUGGCAGGGGGACUAAUCUUCUCUGCUGUUGGGGACUGCUGCUUGGUAUGGCCUGAGCUUUUCAUUCAUGGAAUGGGUGCCUUCGCUGUGGCUCAUCUGCUCUACUCCGUUACCUUCCUAUCCAGUCGUUAUGCAACAUACUCUGCCUCCUCUUUGAACCAUUUCCUGUACCUGAUCCUCCUUAUCGUGGGAGGAGCUUUCUACAUCUAUCUUUUUCCAUUCCUGCAGAAGGCCCCAAACUCUGAUCUACUGACUCCAGGUGUGGGGAUCUACUUCAUCCUAAUAACUAUAAUGGCUGCAUUAGCCAUCCGAACCCGCCAUGCAGCUACGUUAUUGGGGAGUUUGUCCUUCAUGGUGUCUGAUGCUUCAUUAGCUCUGCAGGUUUUCAAAGUUUUGCCGCCAAUAGAGCACGGUCAGAUUUAUGUUAUGGUGACAUAUUAUUUGGCGCAGCUGCUGAUCACCGUGGGUGAUAUAAAAGCAGUGGACAACAAGGAUGACUUUUUGAAGUGGAAGCGGUCCUAAACUGGAUCUCUGAGGAAUCUUUUCUCUUUUGACUAAACCCAUUAAAAAUGAGCUAUUUUGUUGAUCAGAUAAAGUUCAAAGCUUAGUGUGAAACAAGCACUGAUCAAGAGAGGAACACAGUUUAAUACUCUCAUUUCUGUUUAAAAUGACAGACGUGAAGAAACAUGACUGAAAAACACUGAGGAUAUCAGUGUGGAGCAUUUCUAGUAGUUUUCAAAAGUUUUCAUACCCUUGACCUGCUUUGCAAUCUGUUACAACUACAAACUUCAAUGUAUUUUAUUGUGAUUUCUUGGAAAUUUUUUACCAUUCUUUGCAAAAAAAACCAUUCCAUUGAAGCUCUGGCUGUACGUUUAGUCAUUGUCCUGCUGGAUAGUGAAUCUGCACCCAGUUUAACCCUUUUGCUGUCUCUAACACAUUUCUUUCCAUGAUUGCCCUGUAUAUAGCUCUAUCCAUCUAUGAAUCAGCUGUGACCAGCUACUCCACAGCAUAAUGCUGCCACCACUGUGUUCCAUCAGGGGAUAUAGUGUUUUCAGGGUGAUGUUCAGCGUUAAUUUUCUGACACCAAUAAGAUUUUGGAUGUAAGCUAGAAAUUUAGCUUUGGUUCAGAUUUUUAUUUGUAAGCAAGUUUGAAAACCAUGAAUCAUUUUACCUCUUUUGCAAAUUUAUUCCACUUAGUGUAGUUCUGUCACAUAAAAUCCCAAUAAAAUACAUUGAAGUUUAUGGUUUUACGGUAACAAUAUGUACGUUUCAAGGGGGUUGAAUACUUUUGUAAGGCACUGUAAUUCUGAUUUAUUGUUAUAUAUUUUUGACAUUCAUGUUGAUGUGUAGAUUGUGAUGCCAUAAUGCAACCUGCCUAUUGAAUGUAUAUGAAUAGCAAUACUUUAUUUACAAUAAAUAUUUCCGAUAAUUACUGAAA